CCUCAACCUCCAUCGGACAAGCAAAGAAGCUCCCUGUCUAGUAGCUUGACCGCCAACCAUACAACAUGCAUUUGAACAGGUUAUGUCUGCUUGCCUUUGGAGCAGCAGCAGUUGAUGCUCUUACGGAUACUUCGCCCUUCUUCCUCGCCUCGACUUCCGAGGUCCCUAUUUCCUCUGAACAAUCCAUCGCUGCGACCUCUUUACUCGAUAGCCUAUCUACAGGCAUAAACAGCUGUCCUUCCGAGUACUAUGUUGUUGCUUUCCAGCCAGGUGUACACUACUCGGACUUUAAGCAGCCGAGGUCGGCUCCGCGACUAGGCGGAAAAAUGAGGGGAGAGGACAAGAGUCUCCGAUCCACGAGCACGAUUGAUGAAGUUGCCGGUGUGCUGGACGCCAAACAAAUCCAGGAGAUGAUCGAAAUGAGUUGCGGGACACAGACAACUGUCAUCGAUGCGUCCUCCGGGAUCUACCCUUCUACCUUUGAUACAGCACACCGUGUGGUUGCUGUUGACUUUCCAAUGCUGCCCGAAGGGGAGAAGCGGGAAGGCCAGCUUCUCGAUAAUGAUGGUCUGCUCGCGGACAUUAUCGAGCGGAUUCCUUCAUCUGAUUACACCCUCAUCUACGUCACGUCUCCGCGGGAAGACGGUGGCUCAGAGUCGACAGUCCAGUACUCUGUUGAUAACGCUUACCAAGAUUCCAUCCACCAAGACCUGAAACGUGAUUUCUCGGCGCACGUGCGCCGGGUUGAGCCUGCUUCUAACAAGACUCUCUUCCACAACUAUGAGUUCUUCACUCCAGGCAUUUUCAUGGGGAUUAUUGCGACCUUGAUCUUUGUGAUGAUUCUGUCUGUUGCAUUCUCUGCUCUCAGCAGCUUGGAGGUCUCCUAUGCUGCUUUUGAGAAAGACACUGCCCCGAGCUCUCAGAAGAAGCAGCAGUAAUGUACACAAAUAAGUGGCUUUGUGUUGAUUUUCGAACUAUACUAUACGGUAUUGUGGUUUCUUUUGCGCCCUUAGAGAGUCUAUUGAUAUUGUCCUUCGAGUUUUUCGUAUCCUUGUAUGAUAAGCGCAGCAAUUGAAUUGGCACCAACUCUUGUAUGGCA